UACUGUUCGAAAAAGGUGUUCCGCUGUUACAGGAUCACCCUACUGCCAGAGGCUGAUUGGAGCUGUGGCCAUUUUGCAUUUUUUAGUACUAAGGCUCUCGCUAAAACUAAUGCAUCUUUGGCCGCAUCCUUGAAAAGCAUGAGGGCGUAUUUCACUGCGAUACUUUUCAAGGAUGCGGUUGGGAGAUGAAAUACGGAAAGGUCUAAUAGUAAGCCUUCUCACCAGUGUGGUUCAACUGGGAUGUGAAGUAGAAGAGCGCGCUACUUUGAUGUACACGAUUGACAAAUUAGGUCGUCUACGCUACUUAUCUCAGCGUGGUGUUCAGGUAACGAGUACGGGUGGAAGGACCGUGGUACCCACGACGACGACGACAGCUGCUUCGG